UGAGAUGAAUCCGCCGCCUCCCCUCCCCCUGCCCCUGGAGUUCACUCAAGGGGGAGGGGGAUAACCAGGAUGGGCUUCCUGGAGGAGGUCGCUGGCAUCCUGAGGAAUGAGGAGGUGUUGAGAUGGAGGAAAGCUGAGUGAGCAGGGGGGCAUGUUGGUGCUGUAAGGAGCGAGUGGGGCCAGGGGAUGGGGAAAGGGAGGCAGAGCUGGACAGGGAGCACCCUGAUGUUGGGUGAGGAGUCUGCCUCGGAGACCACAGGAGAGAAGUGGUGUCCCUGCCCCUCCCCGGGAUGAAGAUGUGUUGAGUAGCCCACAUCUGUGAGCUCCCGUGUCACAGCCCACCCCUUUCCAGCUGUGUGACCCUGCGCAGGUCACUAUGCCUCUCUGAACCUGAGUUUCUUCAUCUGGAAACUGAGGCUUCCAGAGCUGUGGUGAGGAUUAAAACAGGGCUCAUAUGUGAAGUGCUUAGCACAGAGCGUGGCAUGCUGUAGGUGUUCAAGAGAAUGCUAGCUGUGAUCAUGUGUUCAUCUGCCGUGGAGGGCGAGAGAAACCCCUAGGCUUCAGGUGUACCCUCCUUCCCCUCCCUGAGAUCUGAGACCUCCCCAGGUCCCAUCCCAGAUCCCAGCCAACCCUGUCCAGCCAGACAAAUGUUUACCUGUUCCCAGGGCAGGUAGAGCUAGGAGUCUGCAGUGGGAGGGGAGGGGGGCGGGGAGAAGGGAUGGAUGCCCUGCCUCCUGGAGAACCAGGUGAUGAUGUAGUGGGUGUCCCCGCCCUCCUGCAAGGUAACCACAGGACAGACGGUAGCUGGACUCCCAGCUCCUUGCUGGGCCCCCUCAAGCUGGGUGCUAUGGUUAGAGUCUGUGCAGGGCACCCCGGGUCACAAGGGGACAUGGAGGAGGGCUGACACUGCCCCGGGGGAUGCUGGAGACCACAUUGGAGGGGACAGAAAAGUCAAGGGUGUUUAUCUUGGAGAUGGUACCCUCAGGGCAUCAUCCUCAAAGGAAGGCGAUCAUUCUAGCAGCCAGCAUUCCUUCAGCACCUUCUGUGUGCCAGGCCCUGCUUGAGUGCUUCACCGCAAGGACCUUGUCUAGUCCUCACACCCACCCGAUGCAGGAGGGACAACCCCGUCUCCAUUUUAGAGACAGGACGCUGAGAAGCAGAGCAGUGAAAUGACUUGCCAAGGAAGGCUGAGACUCAAACCAGGUCCGUCUGUCCUCAGAGCCUCUCAUUUCUAAGGAGCCGUCAGGAGGAAAGGGAGGUGAAGUUUUCUGCGUGGUUCUCAAGGGCCCUGGCAGCGGGUGAGUUUUGGUUCAGUAUAGGCAAGAGUUUCCAACAGCUGAGCUGGUCCCGGAAGUGUGGGUAGUGAGCACCCCAUCCUGGAGGUAUUCAAGCAGACAGAGCAGAGGUUGGAUUUGAUGACUUUAGAGUUCCAGCUUAACAGUGGGCUGUGAGGUGGCAGGGAUGAGUCAGGGGAGGUGUGUGUCUAGGAGAGGGGUGGCCAGAUGAAGACCAGUGGACACAGAGCAGAGGAAGGGGUGGAUCUGAGAUCCUUGUGGAGAAGAAUGGGCAGGAUGUAGUGAAUAAUGGGAGAGGAGUCACCUAUUCUCCUGGGCAAUGCUUUGGGGGUAAAAGGUUAGAGGCCAGGGUGCCCUUGAGAAUGGCCAGAUUCUGGGGGUCUCUGGAGGUCGUCUGGACCUUUUAGAUGCUGGUCGGCUAUAGAUAGGUGGCAGUCCAGUCUGCAGCUGGAGAAAGGGGCAGGACCAGAGAAGCAAUGCAAGCGGAACUCCUGGGCUUUGGCUAAGUAAUUUGGGGAAGCAGAUGAAGGCGUAGGUUGCCUGGCCCAAGAGGCAGGGACAGAGGACCUGCCACAUGCGACCUGGCCAAGAUGAGCUGCCCUGGUGUGGACCCAGCCCCAGGGAGGGCAGUGCUGCUGAAGAGGGCAGCACCUGCUAAGAGGGGGUGCUGGCAGCCUACAGGCCCUAUCCUGGUGAGGGGCCUGAGUGAGGUGGUCUAGAAUUGGAAAAAUGCAGGCACGUCUGAACCCUGAGGCCACCAAGUGUCGUGCCCAAGAUCCACCCUAACGGCUGAGUCUGUGUGCGAGUCCUAAGGUGCCCACCUUGCCGGUUUAGUAAUUAGGGAAAGGGAGAGGUGUGCUUGGGGCUGGUUGCCUGACUCCUCCUGCGGGACCCUCGUAUCCCCAUACACUCCUGGCACCCCUAGUCCUGGGUGCAGAGUUAUUCUAAACUCGCGCUGCUGGGAGAGGGAAGCUGGAGCCAGCAAAGGGGGGAAUGGCCCCCUUUUUCAGCCAUGCCAGGUGUGGGCCAGGAAAAAAGAGGGGGCACAGAGACAGGCUGGCCCGUUUCUCAGGCGCCGUGGAGGGCGCAGUUCAGAAUCCCGCGGAAACGAGCCCGGCUCGAGGCGAUUCCCCGGGGCAGGCUCAGCCUGCGGGUGCCUCGGCCUGGACCCCUGGGGGGCUGUCUCGCCGGCUAAGGCAGCUUCCUGCCGUGGGCCCUCGCUGGGGAUGGGCGAGCCCCUGCCUCCAAGCCCAGGUUAAAGACUAGGGACUUUGAACUUGCCGGAGAUUUGUAAAGGGCCAGCCCCCUCGGGGACAGUGACAACCCCCUCCCCCUCUCCCCGCAGCCUGGACCCUAGAUUACCCCCAUCGCCGGCUGGGCUCCCUGCCGCCCCCCUCGGCCGCAGGGUCGGGCGCCGGGCCCUUGCCACGAUCCCAGCGCUCCCCCAUCCCAGCCGGGCGCGCCGAUGGUACGUCCCGGCCCGCCCAGGUGGUAGCGCCCGCGCCGGCCUACCGUAAUUCCCCUACGUCCGGCGCCCCCAGCCGGCGCGAAGUCGACUGAGCCCGCCCCGCGGCUCCGGUCCCCCUCGCCCUGAGCGCCCUCCGGGGCUUUGGCAGUCUUAGCCGGAGCCCCAGCCACCGGGGAGGAGACCCAUGUCCCUAGGUAUGCCACCACGCCGACUGCCAGCAGCUGCACCGCCGGGGACCCCUCAACCUCUGCGAGGCCUGUGACAGCAAGUUCCACAGCGCCAUGCAUUAUGAUGGGCAUGUCCGCUUCGACCUGCCCCCUCAAGGCUCUGUCCUGGCCCGGAAUGUGUCCACCCGGUCAUGCCCGCCACGCACCAGCCCUGCAGUGGACUUGGAGGAGGAGGAAGAAAGCUCUCUGGAUGGCAAAGGGGACCGGAAGAGCACAGGCCUGAAACUCUCCAAGAAGAAAGCCAGGAGGAGACACACAGAUGACCCGAGCAAGGAGUGCUUCACUCUGAAAUUUGACCUGAACGUGGACAUCGAGACGGAGAUUGUACCAGCCAUGAAGAAGAAGUCACUGGGGGAAGUGCUGCUGCCCGUCUUUGAAAGGAAGGGCAUUGCAUUGGGCAAAGUGGAUAUUUACCUGGACCAGUCCAACACACCACUGUCCCUCACCUUUGAGGCCUACAGGUUCGGGGGACACUACCUGCGGGUCAAAGCCAAGCCAGGGGACGAGGGGAAGGUGGAGCAGGGCGUGAAGGACUCCAAGUCCCUGAGUCUGCCAAUCCUGCGGCCGGCUGGGGCCGGGGCCCCUGCCCUGGAGCGUGUGGACCCCCAGAGCCGCCGAGAGAGCCUGGACAUCCUGGCCCCUGGCCGCCGACGCAAGAACAUGUUGGAGUUCCUGGGGGAGGCCAGCAUCCCGGGACAGGAGCCCUCCACGCCUGCCAGCUGCUCUCUGCCUGGCAGUAGCAGUGGCGGCAGUGGGGGCAGCGACAGCUGGAAGAACCGGGCAGCCAGUCGCUUCAGCGGCUUCUUCAGUUCUGGCCCCAGCACCAGUGCCUUUGGCCGGGAGGUGGACAAAAUGGAGCAGCUGGAGAGCAAGCUGCAUGCCUACGGGCUCUUUGGGCUGCCCAGGCUGCCCCGGAGGCUGCGCUUCGACCAUGACUCAUGGGAGGAGGAGGGGGAUGAGGAGGAGGAGGACGAUGCCUGCCUGCAGCUGGAGGACAGCUGGCGGGAGCUCAUUGACGGUCAUGAGAAGCUGACCCGGCGGCAGUGUCACCAGCAGGAAGCAGUGUGGGAGCUCCUGCACACGGAGGCCUCCUACAUCAAGAAGCUGCGGGUGAUCACCAACCUGUUCCUGUGCUGUCUCCUGAACCUGCAAGAGUCGGGGCUGCUGUGUGAGGUGGAGGCGGAGCGCCUGUUCAGCAACAUCCCGGAGAUCGCGCGGCUGCACCGCGGGCUGUGGGCCAGCGUGAUGGCCCCGGUGCUGGAGAAGGCGCGGCGCACGCGGGCACUGCUGCAGCCCGGGGACUUCCUCAAAGGCUUCAAGAUGUUCGGCUCCCUCUUCAAGCCCUACAUCCGAUACUGCAUGGAGGAGGAGGGCUGCAUGGAGUACAUGCGCGGCCUGCUGCGCGACAGCGACCUCUUCCGGGCCUACGUCACGUGGGCCGAGAAACACCAGCAGUGCCAGCGGCUGAAGCUGAGCGACAUGCUGGCCAAACCCCACCAGCGGCUCACCAAGUACCCGCUGCUGCUCAAAUCGGUGCUGAGGAAGACAGAUGAGCCUCGCGCCAAGGAAGCCGUCAUCACCAUGAUUAGCUCGGUGGAGCGUUUCAUCCACCACGUGAACGCCUGCAUGCGGCAGCGACAAGAGCGGCAGCGGCUGGCAGCCGUGGUGAGCCGCAUUGACGCCUACGAGGUGGUGGAGGGCAGCAGCGACGAGGUGGACAAGCUCCUGAGAGAAUUUCUGCAUCUGGACCUCACAGCGCCCAUCCCUGGCGCCUCUCCGGAGGAGACUCGACAGCUGCUGCUGGAGGGGAGCCUAAGGAUGAAGGAGGGGAAGGACAGUAAGAUGGAUGUCUACUGUUUCCUUUUCACGGACCUGCUCUUGGUGACCAAGGCAGUGAAGAAGGCUGAGAGGACCAAGGUCAUCAGGCCACCGCUGCUGGUGGACAAGAUUGUGUGCCGGGAGCUUCGGGACCCUGGCUCCUUCCUUCUCAUCUACCUGAAUGAGUUCCAUAGCGCUGUAGGGGCCUACACAUUCCAGGCCAGCGGCCAGGCUUUGUGCCGUGGCUGGGUGGAUGCCAUUUACAAUGCCCAGAACCAGCUGCAGCAGCUGCGUGCACAGGAGCACCCAGGCAGCCAGCAGCACCUGCAGAGCCUGGAAGAAGAGGAGGAUGAGCAGGAGGAGGAGGAAGAGGAGGAAGAGGAGGAGGAAGCGGGGGAGAGUAGCACUUCUGCUGCCAGCUCCCCCACCAUCCUGCGCAAAAGCAGCCACAGCCUUGACUCCCAGCACUGUGCCUCGGACGGCUCCACGGAGACCCUAGCCAUGGUCGUGGUGGAGCCUGGGGAGACGCUGUCCUCUCCUGAGUUCGAGGGCGGCCCCUUCAGCUCCCAGUCGGAUGAGACCUCUCUCAGCACCACCGCUUCUUCUGUCACGCCCACCAGUGAACUGCUGCCCCUGGGCCCAGUGGAUGGCCGUUCCUGCUCCAUGGACUCCGCCUACGGCACCCUCUCCCCGACGUCCCUGCACGACUUUGUGGCCCCAGCCCCUAUGGCAGAGCCAGCACCCCGGCCCCCAGAAUUACCACAAGCCCCUUCACCUCCACCCUCGCCCCGCCUCUGCCGCCGAAACCCUGUCCAGCUGUUGCCCCGGCUGCCCCACCUGCUCAAGUCCAAAUCUGAGGCCAGCCUCCUCCAGCUGUUGUCAGGGGCCACCACCCCUGGAGCGCCCCAAGCCCCCAGCCGCAGCCUGUCGGAACUCUGCUUGGCUGCUACAAUUCCUGACACUAGAACCCAGGGCUCCCCUCAGGAAGCUGGGCCCAGCUGGGAUUGCCACGGGGCACCAAGCCCUGGCAGUGGCCCCAAGCUGUCAGAGCUGGCGUGCAAAAUCAGCUGCUCAGCUAGAGAGCCCGAAGAAGCCUCCAGGAGGAGCAGAGAGCUGCCCUCGGGGGCCUCGCCCAGGGUUCAGCCUGAGCCCCCGCCAGGGAUCUCUGCCCAGCACAGGAAGCUGACGCUGGCCCAGCUUUACCGAAUCAGGACCACACUGCUGCUUAACUCCACGCUCACUGCCUCGGAAGUCUGAGCAGAGGAGGGUCCUCAAGGGUGCCACUCACCAAGGGACAACAGACAGCAUGCCUCCUGGGACAUGCCAGCCCCUGGUCCAGCUGCUGCCUUGUGUGUGCCCGAGCCUCAGUGCCGGCCAGGACCCCUGCCACCGCCCUGGGGCCCAAUUUGCACUUUGCCAGACUGGAUGGAAGUGGAGGAGGGCUCAGCAGAGCCCCAGGCUGCAGUACCCCCUCAGGACUGCCUCCCGAGGGCCACCACCUUCACUAACCUGCCCCUGGCCCCUACCCCCAGCAGGGCCCCUGCCCACUAGUCCCUGAGGUCACCAGAUCCAGUCCUCCAGCUGGGCUCCAGGGCAGUCCUUCCCACCUCCGCCCUCAUCUGGCCCCAAAUGGGAUAUGACCCUGUCCUCACCGACUCCCUCCCAGCCCCGCUGGCCACCCCAGGCUUGGGUUGGGCUCUGUUGCAUAUUUAUUGAGCUUUUGAUUCUUUUAUAAAGACUUGUAUAUACUCCA